UCCAGAUUCCCACCCUCAUCCGCGCAAGGCCAUCGCCACAUGAGAGCGAGGGGACAAUAACUAAAACAAAAACAUGAAUUGAAAUGAACUAUUAACCAAACUUGUCCCUGCUGUUUUUCAGGUUUUCGUGAUAUGCCGAUGAGGUCUGUUACAUUGCUCCCACUUGUUGCUAUUCUAUUAAAGGAAACAGUUAAGUAUUAUAUAUCCCAUGCAAUUGCGAUUUUUGGUAUUGAUCCAGAUACCGUACCCAAGAGUGAGGAGAACAUUGAAUCAACAUGCACAGAAUCAUCAAAUGUGACCGAUCAACAAUCGAGUUCAGAACUAUUGAAUUCUACUUCUGAGACAAAAGCUGUAUUUGUAGAAACUUUGAAUUCGUUAGAUCUGUUUGAGAACUAUCUCAAGAGUCGAAGCGAGGAAACUGCCAAGCCGUUGAAACUGUUGUUUGAUCGCGGAAAAAGUGCUCAUAACGAACUUUUAACACCAGAUAAAAUCGAUAAUUUUCUCGACAUUUUACGUUCCUUUUUAAUUAAUAAGUGUUCCCACGACGAUAAGGAAAGUGAGAGUUUUCUAGAUUGUGAUCAGGAAAGUUCAAAUUCUGGAAAUGGAGAAUUGGGCAACGACGUUCAUUUAAAUUCUAAACCGACCAAUAUUUGGGAAGAAGCUUCUAAAUUAGAUUUAGUCAAUGAAAAAUUGUCUCCUCUCUCACCAAAUCUUAAAGGAAACCAGAAGAAUUUUGAAAUCCCCCAAGCUAGCAAUCACAACAACGUAGGAAAUGCACCCACGGAAUUUGAAAAUGAUUUGGUAAAGAAAGAUUUUGAUAAAAUACCCACACAAAGGAAAGAUUUCGUAAGUUCAGAUGAAGACUCUUCAAUCGGUCAAUUACGUAACAAAGAUAAAAGAAACGAGAAACUUGGACGCAAAAUAUCCAAAGAUUCGGAUAUGGUAUAUUCUGUAUUUCCAGAAUUUAACAAAGAAAAACAAAGCAAAGGAAUUGACGGCUAUCUUAAAUAUUCCCGUACAGAAAAAAAGAAAAAAUCUGAGAAGACGUUAGAAGAAAAAGCGUUGAAAUUAAAGAAUUCCUUUCAAUUUGCGAAGUCGCCAGCCAUGAUGAUAUCUCUGAGGGUGAAAGACUUGGAAGACGAAAACCUUUCCCUUAAAAGUCAAAUGAAAUCAUUACAAGCUAAAAACCAAGAUAUUUUAGCUGAGCUUGGGCAAAUCGCUGUUCAGAAAACUGCAAAGGAAAACGAAGAAAGAAGAUCUGAACUCUUUCAGGAAAUAUUUCGUCCCCCGUCGUCCGAAGCUACUACAUUGCCUACCAAUAAACACAGGCCAAUUAAUGAUAUGAAUGGCUCUCUAAAACGGUUUCUAAAAUCUCAAACUACAAAUGAAAACGCUGAUAAACCAUCAGUUAUCUAUCCAGCUAAUUCAACUGAACAGCAUGUCGAGGGGGCAGAGGCUUUGGUGCAACGCAGUAAUCAUCAACCUGGAAGAGAUGUGAUGCUCACAAACGUAAGCGAAAUUCACAAGGAUAGGAAUGAAAAUCAAACACCAUUAACGCAAAACACAUCGAGUAAUACAGCGAGAGAGAAGACAAGUGGCAGAGAGGGAAAAUAUCAAUCAGAACAAUUCCAGGAAACCAGGGCUUUGGCAUCGAUAUCUCGGAAAGGCUAUGAAAAUUUAUCACUUUCCGUCCAGCAAGACGAUUCUGGAACGGAGUGCAUAUCCCUUGGUAAUGUACCACCUACAUCUGUGGCAACAACCUUGUACAACAGAUACAAGCUCAUGUUACUAUCCCUUGGUCAAAGACUUCUUUCAUGUGACGUCGUGAAACUGAAGAACUGGGCAAGUCAGAAUUUCUCAAUCAACAACCCACAGAAUGCUACCGAUAUCCUCCUCCAACUUGAUCAAAAAGCAGUCAUUAAUGCUUCAGAUUUAAGUCAACUUUCUCGUUUCUUUGAAUCUAUUGUCAGAAUUGAUCUUGUGCAUAUUAUCGACGCAUUUCACCUUGGCGAUUAUAGUUUACUUCGCCAAAAUAAACCACCUAAACAACAAGCAGCAAAUGCAGCCCGAACCUCCCAGUAUCGUUCCACCCCAAUGUAUCAAAGUAUGUUCAAUGCUAUGAACACUGGUCGUCAAGCUUUGGCCAAUCCAGCUGCUAGUGAUACAUUACAAACCAGUCCAGGCAGAAAAGUAGUAACUUUAAGGAAACCAGGAAACGGCAAUGUAAUACAAAGAUCUUUCCCUCAACAAACACAACUGACAGCUUUCCGAAAUUCGUCAGAUACAGUCAAUCCAACACAUUUCUCUAGGUCUCCGAACGAUAACCAGUCCACAGCCUCUGAGCAGCAAAACCUACAACCUGCUACAACUGCAGUUAGUCCAAAUAGAAUGGCUCAUAUGGUCGUUGCUGAUAGCUCUAGUGUUACAAGUAAGUGUUUCUUGAUAUUUUUGACAAACGGGAUUUCAAAAAAUGAGUACAUGUCACAUAGGUCAGUGAACAUAUAGCAAUCAUAUUGACUAUGAUUUAAUCAAGCUUUUCCUUCAAAGAUCCAAAAUUGUAACCGGACUAUUUCUCUUUCUAAGCGUGAGAAGCACAAUGGAAGCUAUUUCAUGUACUGUGAAUGUUCCAACCCUUAUGCGUCUAUUGGAUUUUGAUCUUUGCGCAACGAAACCUCAUUUCGACAUUCAUAUUGGAUCAUUGUAAAAUUCCAGUGUGCCUUCUAGGAGUAUUAGUAACUUUCAUGGAAUGUAUACUAUACAAAAGACGCAUUGUUUUCCGGAAUGUACUUUGGCGAUAGAAUCUCGUUUUGGUGUUUGUGAUAUGAGUUAAAGCCAAACAUCUCAAUCAUAAUAACGAGCCUUAUGGCCGAUUUGAGUUACUUUCUGGAAGGGUCUCAGUUAAAAGGUAAGGGUCUGGAAAGGUCACAUAAAGACUCGUCCUUACCGCUACACUGGCAGAAAACUGACUAGAACAGAUAACGCUAUUCACGAGCGAUUUUCCGGCCGGAGAAAGCAUUCUUAAGAUGAAAGUAAGAGCCCAGCAUAAUACUUUAAAUAGAGCCAUAGGCAAAAAUAUAUACAGAAAAGUUUUAUUGUCAUGCAGUGAUGUGUCUUCUUAACUCAAGGCAUCAUUCAUUUCCGUUCCUGUGUGUAUAAUUUCAUACCUUGCAAUAUAGUAACCUAAAUUUAUUCAUCAUCCAUUUCGCUGUAAUUUUACUGUUAAUCUGAUGAUGUCUUCAGUUAAAACGAAACGUUACUGUCAAAAAUACUUGCAGUGUAAUGAACAAUAAGAGUAAAAUGACUGUUUCAAAUAAGUUAUUUGUAUCGUUUGAAAAACAGGCGAAAGAAGAACAAUAGCAGGAAAUUCUUUGACAAUAACAAAUCCAUCAGCGACAAGCAACCCACGAAAUUCUCAGGCAGUCGGAAGCAAUGGUUCAAAACAUUCCAAAUUCCAACGUCCAGAAACAGAACGAAGCAAUAUUUCUAAUUUCCAACCCCCUGGCGGUUUUCGGACCCAGUACCCAGACCGAGAAGAUAAUUGGUUAUGUAGUCACUACAAACGACAUUGUUACGUCAAAUUUGAAUGUUGCAACAACUUUUGGCCGUGUCAUCGCUGUCAUAACAACCAAAGCACGUGUGGCCGAAAGAAACUUAAAUCCCGUUACACGAAGAUGCUGAAGUGUGUAUAUUGUAACAAAGUGCAACAGGUAACUCAAAAUUCAUGAUGUAAAAAUAAUGUCUAAGCUAAGGCAUGCAUACUUGCGCUGAUUUCAUUCUUGUGUCUUCUAUGUGUCACACUUUCGUCGUAGUUUUAAGUUUAAUAUCAGUCAUUUGCGCGAAUCAGUCACAUUUGUUAGUUGAACGGAUAUAGUCUAUAAAUUUGAAUAUCUGUGCUAAUUUUUUUGUUAUUAGUUUGGUAGUUCUUGCUGCGAUUGUGGUGCAACAUUUUCCGAGUAUUACUGUGGAUUGUGCAAACAUUUAACUGGCAAAGAUGAUAAUCCUUAUCAUUGUGAAAAAUGUGGAAUCUGCAGGUAUGGUUUAGUUAGCUUUCAUAACACGGCAUUGUCUUACGCAAGCCAUAAAUAAGUGCAUGUCAUGGAAGAUUCACAAUAAAUAAACAAAUAAGAUUGUCGAUUACAUUGUGGUUAAUGCAUCUCCUUUCUACCUUUGGGAAACAAUUGUUUAAAUGAUGCAAUAUCUAGUUGUCUCACUCUCACCAUAAAUUUGCCUCAUAAUCAGAUCAGGCGUAGCCUGAACAAACACUGAUACAACUUUGAAACACUGAUAUAAUAAAUUGUUAUAUUGGAUUUAAAGUUUAUUAUUUUUUAAUGUUUUAAACAUAGUCAUGUAGAUUAAAACAGUUUCCAGUAAAAUGAAUAUCAGAAAUUGACGUCGAAGGAUAAGUUGUAGUAACGUUUCGACGAAUAGAAUGAGUCAUAAGAAGCAACAUUUCAGCUAGUGUUUGCAUGGUUUAAUUAAUUGAAGAGUGGUUUUAAUGCUGUCUUAUAUAUGAAAGCUGAAACAUGUUGAAAAGGCAUCCAACCUAGCCAAACUGUCUAGCACUGUGUUGUCCGCGAAACUUCGACUUGCUUCUCCCCCCCCCCCCCUUUAAUACUUGCCUCUUCCCCAUUUAGUACUCCACCUUCCUCCCUUUAGUAUCCACUUUUUCAUUUAGUCAAACUGUGCCCCCCACGCCACCCUUUUGCUUUUUCCUGGCCCUGCUUAGCCAAAAAUCGUGCAUGGCUACGCCUCUGUUCAUCAUCAGUUGCAUUAGAGGGAGUGGUUUAAGUUUUUGGUUUCCUUUUCUCUUUGGGUGACAACAAAACGAACUUAUUCUCUUACGGGAAAUACUUCUUCACAAUAACAAAGCAAAAGAUUACAGUUUUUUUGUUUUAAGGGAAUAUUACAGAAAAUUUUGGAAUGUAAGAAAAUAGUGCAUUUGCUUACUAUACUUACCAAAAAUGAUAAUGAUCAGAUAUUCUUCUUUAAUUGAUAAGCAUUUAGAACUUGAAACCAUUUGCUAAUGAGAGAUGCGCCUUACUGGAACUCCAGAAAACCCCACAGUAAAAAAAACAGAUGGAGCUUCCCCGGCAGUAGAAACAAAUUCUGUGAAAUAUAUUAUUUUAAUUUAGAAUUCAUGGAGAUCGCUCGUUUCAUUGUGAUGUCUGUGGAGUUUGUUUGGAUGUCCAACUUCGUGGAAAUCACAAAUGUCGUGAAGACUCUGCCCAUGAUGAAUGUUGCAUUUGUUUGGAGGUAGUGUAUCAAUUCGAGCUCUUGUAUCAAAUUUCUGGACAACUAAGUUGAAUUUAUUCUGCUAAUUGACGUGAAAUGGCAUAGAGGUUGUUCUCCACUCAAUGAACCUAUAGCAUUUGUUGUGCCAAUGUCUGUAGUUACAUUGGUGCUUACGAAAUAAUGACAUACGUUACGAAUCACUACAAUAAGGUUUAUGUGGAAAUAGAAUUUAAUAUGCUCUCGGCAUUAACUCGGAUCAUAAAACGGAUUUUAAUUUCUUUUCGUGCAGGAUGCCUUCACUGGAUGUCAAAUCCUUCCCUGUUCUCACAAAGUCCACAAAGAAUGUGCAACUCAAAUGAUACGGAGUGGAAUGUGAGUACUUGUACUUUUAUAAUUUGGAGAUAUUAAAAGCGAUUACACCGUACAGUUGUAGGAAGUAUUGAUAACUUUUGUGAAUUCGUGUACCCACCACAGGACGAAAAAAUAGAUUUGCUCCAACUUUGCAACCCCCUGCAAAGGUGCCAUUGCCGUAAUCGCAUCAAAUUUGCUAUUGUGCAAAUUUUGUUCAAAUUUGGAAAGCAAAUUGGUAAAUAAAUUUUUACCCUGAUAUUGGUAAAUAGAAUUCUCUUUUUUGAGAGGGAAUGGGUAUAGGAUAAAUUUGGCUCAAAUUACCUUUCAUUUGCACACGUGAAUUUGUGGGUAUUUUCGUCCAUAAUUUGGUUUCUAAAUUUGCCAAAAUAUUUGCAACCUUGCAAAUUUGAUGCGAUUACGGCAAUGGCACCUUUGCACCGGGUUGCAAAGCCUAGUGCAAAUCUGUUUUUUCGCCCUGUGCACGUGUGAGGAGAGGCAAGUCCUUUCAGUAGGAAAGGAUAAAAUCAUUAUAAAAGGAUAAAAUUAGUGCAUGUUUUGAGAGAGUGGACGGUACUGAGUUCGCGGGCGAGGUGCAGUCUAUUCCCUCAAAUAACCGGCCCUCAGGAUUGAGGCACUUGAACUAAUUAAACCCAGCUGCAAUUCGCUGAUAAAUGAUUCCCACAAGUCUUUUGUUUCACUUGACUUUGUUCUUUUCAAAGGAAUUCAUUAACCUGACACGCUAUAAUCAGAACCUUUCCACUACUGACAGAUACAGGCAGAUUCAAAUGCUUACCAUAUUUCAAUCAUAAAGCUAGAGGGACUACAAUUAAGAGGAGCAAAAAUUACCCUGCUUGCAAAAAUCCAUCCAGUAGCAAAAUCUGUGCAAGCGAAAUUGAAGCGAGAUUCUCAAAAUAAUAUAAUUAGGUCAACAAUUAUUAAAAAGCUGCACUGGCAGUUUUACUGUAUAAACAUUAUAAACAUUAUAAUUAUACAGGGGGUGUAAAAUAAGGAGCACAUUUUUUAUUGUUAAUAAUCUUCAGAAUAGCAUGUUCUUCUAAUUCCGAGAAAACAUACACCAUCAGAAAAACUGUUAAGGAGUUGUUUUCUACUAAUUUGUUUGUAAAGUUAGUUUAAUUUGUUGAGUUUCCUACUCAUUGGCGAGCGGAUUUUUCAACAUGCUAUUGCCCAGUUCAGCAAUUGAUAGGGCAUUGGAGGUAUCCAUACGACUUAACUUCCUUGUCUGAGAAGACGCGAAAUUCUAGCCAUUUACUGAUGUCAACGCAAAGGUAGUUCUUCCUCCUCAAUUAUUUUAAGACCUUUACUACAAGUCCGAACAAGGAGUGAACCCUGCUUUCCCAGCUUGAAAGGCAAGCGUGGUGACGUGAAACGUGGCUCACCGCAAGUGCUCGUAUAGUGUAAAGCAAAACUUGCUGGUGAUUUUCAGUAAUUGCUCAAGAUUUUAGUCAAACCACCCAGGGAUUUCUUCCGGUGAAACAAUAUUUAUAAUUAAUAUAUCGAAUCAUGUAGGGAGUUUGCGCAAGCUUAAAACAUGCAUAGAAAACCGUAAUUAUAGCCUAACGCAUUUAAAGUUAUUAACUGAAUUGAAAAAUAUAGUGCAUAUGAAAAGCCGUAGUUACUGUACUUCGUUUUCAAGACCUAUUUCCAAUAUGCCUCAAUGUUUCUUUUUGUUUAUAUUGCAAGAUAUUUUCAUUGCUGGUUAUACUCCGAGUGUCUCCACACCGGACAAGCUGUAGCCUGCGAACAGCCUCUCAAGCUGGAUUGUGAGCUUGCAUCGAUGACUAAUAAAUUUGAAUAUCUGCCCCGUAACGUUCGUUUUUCCAAAUAUGGAAUGUCUAUCCUUAUAUGGUGUUGUUUACAACUUUCGUGCAAACUAAAUUUAGACUGUGCAAACUAAAUUUAGACCGUACAGUUUAUACUGUUUUUCGAAGUAUAAGAUAUUCAAGCAAAAGUUCAAAUGUUUUAAAUACUGUUUUCUCAAAACAGAACAUUUCGUGCUUUGAGAUAAGACGGCCAAGACCAAUUUAAUCAGUUAAUGUGUUUUUAUGCAUAGUGCUUCAGCAGCUGACCAAUGAGAAUUUGCGUCACGAUUUGAGACGCAGAUAUUCAAAUUCAUUAGUCAUCGAUGCAGCCUCUCAAUUCAGCUUGAGAGCCUGUUCGCAGGCUAGACAAGCUGACAAAUUGCUUGACCGCGCGCAGUGGGAAUCGAACCGCAACCUUUGUCGUCCAUGUCCAAUAAACCUCUCUACCACCUGAGUGACGAGGUUGGUCCCUUGUGUAAACAUCCUCAGAGUUUUAGGAAUACAUGCAUGCAACAACCGCUAGCCUAUAUUUUCCAAGCACCGUUUCAACAUGAAGUAUUCGUAAUUACGUCAACACUGAACGAUGGCUCGCGUUGUUCACGUCAUGUUAGUCAUGGCAAUUAACACGAUAAUUGUUUUUUUAUUUUUUGUACAAAACUGUAAAAAAAUAUAGUAAACUUGAACACUUUUAAAUUAAAUACAGAACUAUCAAUUUCUAAAAUAUAUAUUAAGUAGGUAUAAUAUUUUGCUUUCUAUCGGCUUUAUGUUGAAUGUAAAAUUCAACACAAAACUUUUCGUGAAACGUUUUUAAAUGUGAAUUGAAGUUAACUGCUUUUUGCCGAUAAAUCUUCUUCUCGAGCUUUCAACUUAUUACUCGAUCGCAAUUUGAAAUGAAAUAAAUUUAAUUCAUACAGGACGUUAAUGAAAAUAAUUUGCUUUCCAUUUCAUCAUUAACUUCUACAAAAGUUAAUUUAACUAAGAAACUUUUGCAUACAAUGCAUAGGAAAGACUUUGAACAACAAGAACAAAGAAAAAGUCUAUAACAUUUAAAAAUACAAAGUCAAACAUAACCAAUUGAAGCAAAUUUGCUCUAUACUUUAGGAUUUCUCAUACUAAAUCAAUUCUUGAUGUUUACGUUUAUAAAUUGAAAAAAAGUUUACAAUUUGUUAUGUGAAACAAUUUUCCAAGCUUUCUUACAUGUUUUUGCUUCCUUCACAACUGGUAAACAGCCAUAUUUUGAGAUUUGUGAGAUGACCACCCAUACAUCAUGCGCCCGCGAUUAUUGAUGAACUUUAGACAUCAUUAAUGCUUUCCUUUCCCCGGGUGUAAAUAGCCGGGCGGAAUCAAUACCCUCGUACCGGGCUUUUGCCCGGAAGGGACUCCGCGCCGUUGGUUCAGGGAUAAAAUAUAAGCAAAACGCUAUACCAACUGAGGUACGACGGCAGCUUCUUCCUGUGUGGAUACACGUACUUGGAGAAACAUCAGUAAAAAUAUUCAACCUGAACGUUUUAUACUAGCUUGGUACACGCCGAAUAUGCAUAAACUUAACAAACAAGACGUAAUGCGAUUAUGCAAUUAAUAUUCAAGCAAUGUUAUAUUCUCAGCAAAGGAGUCACUCCAUAUUGUUUAUAGCUGUCCACAUAUUAUAUAAUGCAUAGGAACUCUCAGGAAUGCACUGCAGAUUUCCAGUAAUAUAUGCAUAUUUUAUUUGUGUACACUGUUUACAUGCCGCCAUUUUGCAUAAUAUAGCAAAUGAAGUUACCAUAGUUACCAGAGUAUGCGCGCGCAUUAGUUUUAGAUUUCUACGGAAGGCGUGUACAUUUGUAUGGAAGGCAUGCAUAAAAUUUCUAUGGAAGGCAUCUACAUUUGUACGGAAGAAGUCUACAUUUGUACGGAAAGCGUCUAUAUUUCUGCGGAAGUCGUCUGAAUUUUCUACGGAAACGCCGCACAUUUAUACAGAAACGCUCUGUUAUUAAGUAAAACUACUUCAAGUACACAGAACGAAUGUGAUUUUCUACGGAACAAGCGUGUUCCUAACGGGCCACCGUAGUUUCUUGUUAGGUCUAAUAAACUAAUUCUUAAAGACCAUGUUAAGUCCGUUCUGCAUAUUCAGUUCUGCUCAUAACAAAGGGGACCCACAGAUAUAUAAGCAUUGCCCAAAUAUUGCAUCUUUCAAACGUUUUUGAAUUGUAACGUACUCUAGUUUAUAUAUUCAUUUACAAUAGCGAACCGGAAAAGUGUUAGAUAUUCAGUUAGCGUAUGUCUUAUUUUACAAAUAUACAGUACAAAAUGUCAACAAAGGAUUUGUUUAUAUUACGGACUUGACAUGGUCUUUAAUUGAACUAAAUUUUGAAGUUUUGAAUUUGGAGUUAGUCCCAUAUACUGUUGAAGUAAGCCAUGCUUUUACAAAUACGACAGGUAAAUAUUUUUUCUUUUUCACAGCACACGCUGCCCAAUUUGUCGUGAAAGUUUUGCUCACAAGCUUGAACGACGACCACUGCCAAAUUCACGGAAACGUUCUGGAAAAUAACAAUAGACCGACAGCCGAGAAUAGCUAUAAGACUUUCAUGGGCAUAUCAUAAUGGACCUGCUUCAUGUCGCUGGUGAACUUCUAAGCACGGUUAGGCUAUUGAUCCAGUACGUAACUGUAAGUAUUUGUGUAACUUAAGAAGAUAUUAAUGCUCAGAAAAGUUAAGUUGCCACACAGACCUUGAAACGGAAGUCUCCAGAUUACAUGUACUACAUCCCACUCUGUCCAGUGAAAGUGACACUAUGUAAAGGAAUUUUCAAAGUGACUGACCUCACGUUUUGUCCAGUGAAAAUGACACGAACGCCGGUAACGUUUAUUGUCUUAUGUAUGUAAAAGAACUUUCAAGACGACAAAGAAACUAUUUUUUAUUGAAGUUUGUGUUUUUUGACUUUCUUUGCCUUCUUCGUGAGAUAUUUCAUCAUGUUUGAUACGCAAAUGUCCUGCAUUUACCUCCAAAAUGAGUAAUGACUUAUCAAAUUAAAGAAUAACAGUUACUUUCGAAAUAUGUUUGUGUCCAUAUGAAAUAAGAAGACUAAAUUGGGUAUUACGUAUGUUUUUCAUCCUCCCACAACUCCAAACUCAUCAUAUUGGAGAAUUACGAAAACAUUCAUUCGAAGACAUUCAUACGAAAACAUUCAUACGGAAGAAAAGAAUCUUCAAUUGAUUCAACUUUAUAUCAACAUUGCGGCCGUGGGUCAAUGAGUUACUAAGUCAAACCUUGAGGAAAAUUAACUGAUAAAAUUUUCAAUCUAUCAGAAACUAGAAAUUAAUGUUCUUUUUGCUCCACAACAAAUGACAUGCAGAAAUUAUGAGUUAGAUAAAUAAAAUUGGUUUGAAAUAGCUGUAAACGAUAAACAAAUGAAACGAGUUUUAUCAUGAAAAGUACUUGGGAUGCAAUUUAAACAGAACUUGUUAUGGAAUGAUCAUACUACAGAAUUAACAUCAUCCUGUUAUGAUAGUUUAGCGCUGCUGAAACGAUUUAAUUUAAGACAUAUCAUAUCAGAAAGGAACUUCAAGCUUUUUUACUUUUAUCGGUCAAUGCACAGGAAACGUCCAAAGUUGCCACACAUAAUUACAUUUCCAAAGUAUUGUCAAAGUCUGCCACAAAUGUGCCAGGAUUUAAUUUCUAUUCAAUGCUUCGAAAUCAUUAAUUUUAAAGGAUUGGAAUAUUGUGUUGGAAACAGAUCUUUUUUAUUUCGGUCUUAUUGGUCUAUUAUAUAAAUUAUUUGAAGAUGCAGUACAAUCUGUUCUGCACAUGUUUACAUUGGAGCUUCCAACUUGUGAUAUACGAGCGGCGUUAGGCCUACAUAGCUAGGUUCUAUGCUUAUCCAAUGCCUGCUGGUACAGCCUUAGUUAUCGAUUUUACUCUGGAACACAAAUAUAUAAAUAGUUGGCACCAUUUCGUAUAAUAAAGUUCUGGUCAUUAUUAUAUUUUGAUACAAACAUGUAAAACGACUUGGUAGCUGCCGCGGCGGACAUUACGGCAUCUUCAUAGACCAUUUAGCUUUGUUGGUAUAAAUAUUUCUCCUUUUAUUUAUUUAGAUACAGACAAUUGAUGACAACAACUUUCAUGGUUUUCAAUUUUUCUUUCUUUUGUUCCUAUUUAGUUUAUUAAAUUUAGCUUUAAGGAAUAUGAAUGUAUGUGUAAUCAGCGAAUCAUACUUAUUAUAUAGCAAGAUAUAUAUAUAUAUAUUAUAUAGCAAUAAAGUUAGUUACAUCGCAUUGUAGACGUGCGUCCUUGUGUAUAUUGGACGUUGUACAACGAUAUUGUAUGAAGUAAAAAGAACACGUAGAAAAAUGCUGAUUAGAUUAAGAAAACAUGUUUGGUGGACGUUCAAUUAAAAAUAAUAAUAAUAAUAAUAAUAUAAUAAUAAUAAUAAUAAUAAUAAUAAUAAUAAUAAUAGUAAUAAUAAUAAUAAUGAAAACUUUAUUAAUAGAACAUUUAUAGAUAUACACAGUCAAUUGUAAAUCUCACUUCUUGAGGUAACCUACAAUUGACUACUUAAAUCACUUAUGCAUGGUUAUAAUUUUAUAUACAAAAAUAUUAAUUAUUUAUAGAAAUAGUUUUAAAUGUCCACUAGUACGGGAUUUGUCCAUUCUUAUUUCUACAGCAAUAUAUGUCAUAAGUUGCUGUUGAUCGGAUGGCAAUAAAUAUCAUUUUUC